CGUUUCUUAGCCUCUCCUGAUUUGCCAAUUGCGUAAGUCUUAUUUUACCGAUUCCUUUCCUCUUGGCUACUAUUGAUGUUACCUUAAAUGCGUGCGACGCACUUUGGCCGUGACGUCAUUUACGGACGCCGGAGAGUGUCGGAGUUCAAGGCCUGCCGAGCGGCGUGUCCUGUUCCGAAAGAAGGACGUAGUCAUUCGGGGACUAUGGCCCCCGCUGCUGUCCUCUCUGCCGUGCAGCCUCCUGAGAUCCAGUUUGCUCAGAGGUUGGCCUCCAACGAGAAACGGAUUCGGGAUCGAGCGCUGAAAAAGCUACGUGGCUAUAUCACGCUCAGGACCCAGAGUGUCGAAGGUUGCUUCAGUCAAGAAGAAUUGUUAAAAAUAUGGAAAGGACUAUUUUAUUGUAUGUGGAUGCAGGAUAAACCUCUCUUGCAGGAGGAGUUGUCAAAUAAUAUAUCACAGCUAAUCCAUUUAAUCGAGAAUAUGGAUACUCGGCACUUGUUCAUACAGACUUUCUGGCAAACCAUGAAUCGUGAAUGGAAUGGAUUAGACCAAUUGCGGCUAGAUAAAUUUUACAUGUUGAUCCGCAUGAUGCUGAGGCAGUCCUUUGAAGUUCUGAAAAGAAAUGAAUGGAAUGAAAGUUUAAUUGAACCGUUUCUCAACAUGUUAAUGACGGAAGUUAUGCACCCAGACAGCCAUGCUCCCAUUGGUAUUAAAUUGCAUUUCAUUGAUAUCUAUCUGGAAGAACUGGCUAAAGUUGGAGCUAAAGAGCUCACAGCAGACCAGAAUAUCAAGUUUGUUGAACCAUUCUGCAAAUUCAUUGCCAGGACCAAAGAUCAUCUUAUGUUACAAGCCAUAAUCUGUGGUAUCUUUGAAACCAUUGUGGAUCAGUCCCCAUUUGCCAUAGAAGAUUUAAUGAAAGAACUAGAAACCAGCAGUGAUGUUGACAGUUCAUCAGAAGAUGAAAAAUGGAGUGAUGAAGAAGAUAAAGAAAUGGCCAGAGACAGGGGCUUGUCAAACAAACUCUCUCCAAGUUCAGAGGCACAUGGUAACAUUUUAGAAGAUAUAGAUGCUAACAUUGGACCUGUUCUUCAGUUUGAUUAUAAAGCAAUCGCCAACACAAUCUUUGAGUUGGGCAGCAGAAAAAACACACCUGCUUUUAACAGAAAGCGUCUCUACAAAAUGGUUAAAAAGUUUCAAGAUCUUGCAGAAGGGAGCUUCCCUCAAGAUGACUUCCCUGAAGAUGUUUCUACAGAUGAGGAUGAUGAUACCUUCAGCAGAAGGAAAUUGAAAAGAAAAUCUGGUAAACCCUUAGAUAAAGCUCAGCUGGGAAAAAAAGACAACAAUCAAACCCAAAAGAAUGAUAGUGAGGAAGAAGAGGCCAACACAGGACUACAAAAGAAAAGGAAAAAGAGAAAGAGAAAGUCUAAUCAGAUAUCUGAUGUUUGCACAGCUGCUAGAAAUAAUGAGAACAGACCAGUCAGUGUUGAAUCCAAAGUGCCAAAACCAGACAAGGAAUCCUCAAAUAUCAGGAAACGACAGAAGUCUUUAAGUACAGAGGCCAAUGAAUUGGCUUCUACAGUGAUUCCCAUUGAAGGACUCAGUGAUGAUUCAUCCUUGAAGUCAUUGACUUGUUUAGUUAAUGGCAUAAAGAAACAUCCCCCCCCAAAAAAUGACAGCCUACCAAAAGUUCCUGUAGAAAUUGUGUAUCAGAAUGGACAGAAUAAUAAUGGCAGCGAAGAGGACCCUGGCUACUGUACCAUUGGUAAAAUUAUGAAAAGGCAGCAGAAAUCAAAGCCAGAAAUCACUGGAAAGGUUUUUUUUGAGGAUAAUGUUAAACUGCCAGGGAAAAAAUGCCUUGCAGAGUCAGAACCUAUUGUGCUCCAGAAAGUCAAGUUGAAGAGAAAAAAAAAGUUGGGGAAUUUGGUAAGGAUUACAUAUUCCAAACAGAAAGUAAUUGGCUUGAAAAUGCCAAGAAAAAUCAAGGAAAUCCCAAAUUCCACAGAAAGAUAUGAACUUGAAAACAAGAAGAAGAAGAACAAAGAAACUGGUGGCAUUGCCCUUCCAAUAAAGAAAAGAAAGGCAAAGGUGGAGAAUGAUUUUGUGAAGUUUGAAAAGAUAGACUUACCAAAGCCAACCUUCUUUAGAAGAGCUAAAGGAAGCAUUACGGCCAUGCAGGAGGAUGUUAUUCGGCUGGCAUCAGAGGUGGAGUCUUAGAAAACAGCAGGAAGAAUUGGAAGGAGAGUCUCAGUGGAGGAGAUAUAAUGGCUGGUACAACCUAAGAUCUAGACAGAAGUGGUUGUUUGAGAUUUGUUAUUUUAGUGAAGAGUAAUACUGACUGGUAAACUUAAAUUGGACUGGGCAAUGUUAGUCUUGUUAAUUCAAGGUCAAAUAAAGAGAUUGCUUAAGAGAGUGGUUGGGUAAGACCCAGGGGAAGGCUCCCUGAAGUCCCAAAGAGGAGAAUGCAGCAUGGGGUCUUUCCUUCUCAAUACAAAUGAUCCCUCAGAGAUUGAAGAUAGGGAAGAUGAGACAUUCUACAAGCCAGACCCAAAGGAGGAAGGCUGGGCUAGUCUGAGAGAAGGAACACUGCCAGUUUGUUAUGCCCUUUAUUACUAAAGUAGGGGUAUAAAUAAGGGUUAGAAACAGUUAUGAGUACAUACCUGUUAAACAACAUGAUAGCUUGCAAACAUACAGUUAGAGAAAUCUUUAUAAUAUUCAGCAGAAGAAGAAAAAAGUUCUCUCUGCAAGGCAAUUUUUAAAAAGUGGCAUUGUUAUUAAGAAGUAAGCACUGGAAGUAAUUAGCUAAUUCUAACCUCUGCUUGCAGAGCUAGACUAGGGAAAACAAAACUAACGUGCCAUUAACUUUGAUGCAUUUUCUUAAUAAAUGGAAAACUAAAAGGAGUUGUUUCACUGAGUCAAACCCUAUGAUCCCACAGGAAGCCUGGCAUGUAAUCUGCAAGCUUUUUUCCCCCAAAAAAUGUUUCUGGACUUCACAUAAUAGUUUGUUGGUAAAUGUACUAACGUGACUUGAAAAAAGAUAAAAGGUGUAUUUAGAAGAUUAGGUGGAGUAGGGGAGCAAUUUUAUGUCAGCACCUACAAUCAAUAUACUCCCAAAAAUGUUUUGUUUAUUUAGUUGAUUAUUUCAUCACUGCAUGAUUAUUAUUUGAUUUUAACUGUAUUUUAUAGUUUUACUGGCUUAGUGUAAACUUACUCAAGUCAUAAUACACGUAUAAGCUUACUAAAUAAAUGAAACUGCAGAUAUGCCAACUUGCAUAAAAAUUUUAGCCUGCACUAGAAUGUGUAGCAAAAAAAUAUGUUUUCAUGUUUGCGUUAUUGAUUGGCCAACUGUAUCAGAAAACCUUACCAUGUGGCAAGUUGGUCAUCAAUUCAUGCAAAUUGACCACAAAAUGUGAGAAUCCUGAUUACUCUCACAUAUCUUUAAGAAUAAGUUAGGGCUCAGAUUUUGUGCUCAAUUUGUAGAAAAUGAUGACUGCAUGCUUGACAAAGUUCCACUAAUCAGAACUAAAUACUAUUCAAGUUCUGGGGUAAACUUGCUGAGGUCUAGGCUGUGCAAAUGCUAGAGUUACCUCACUUGCUCUCUAGAUAACAUGUUUAAUAUAGACUUUUAAAACAAACCCUGCUACAGCUGACAGAAAUGUAUUAUUUAUUUAUUUAUUAUUAAAUUUAUCUCCGCGCAUCUCCCCUGAUGGGGGACAAAUUGCUGUUUUGUUACUAACUUUUAAAAUGUAUUUGAAAAAUAGAUUGAUUCAGGAGAUCUCAAAUAUAGAUUUUGCCAAAUCAAGAAAACUACCUAGAAGAUUUUAACCAUAUGUGGUUUUCCCACUUGAAGGGGAAAAAGCCCUAUUCAGUUCAAAUAAGCUUUGAGUAAACAUGUAUAGGAUUACUAUAUACUGUUGUUUUCUUGAGGUAUUUACACAUUUGAACCAGGCAGUUAAAAUGCUUUUUAAAUAACUAAAAUUCCAGUUUUGUUUUUCAGAAGAAAAGUAGCUGUCUUUUUAAUAUUAUGUUUGAAAAGCUAAAUCUGAAAAUAUGAUGAAAAUAU